AUGGACCGUAAAGGUUUUAAAUAUGGUGAACUCCAAAAAGGAAUUCUCAAUAAAAUAGUGAGAGACCUUGAAAAUUUUAAAAAGUCGCCAAAAGAACGCUUGACAAAGACACACAUAUCAGGACGCUUAGAUAAGUUGAAUGAUGAUGAAAAAUCGGCCAAAUUUUAUCAUGAGGCAAUUGUUGGUGGAGGUUGUCUGGAAGAAGGCUUAAAAUUAGAAGACUUGAAGGUUAUAUAUGACAAAAUUAGUGAUAUUUACCUUGACUAUAAAGCCAUUUUAAUGGAAUCAUUAGAAAAGAUUUCGACGCCUCCACCUGCAGUCAAGUUGGACGACAAAGCUUAUAUUGCUUCUGUUUCUGAAGGACAGCGAUCCGCCCAUUCAGAAGUUAGGUUGCCUCGCAUCGAUCUUCCUAAGUUUGAUGGUUCAUAUACCACCUGGCGGCCAUUUUAUGACAGAUUUCAGGCGCUGGUCCACAACAACAAAAGUUUGACAGAUUUAGAUAGGCUCCAUUUUCUACAGUCUUGUUUAACUGAUGACGCAAAACGAUUCCUUCAUAAUUUAUCUGUUGAAGCUGCCAAUUAUGAGAAGGCAUGGACACUUUUGAAGGAAAGAUAUGACCAUAAACGCAUUCUGGUGCAUAUCCAAAUGCAACAACUUUUUGGACAGUCUCCACUUCCUCGUGAAACUGCCACAGGUUUAAGAAAUCUAUUGUACACUACAAAAGAAUGUUUUAUUGCGUUGCAAAAUAUGGAUGUUCCGGUUGAAAAGUGGGACAUUGUUCUCAUCUGGUUCAUUAACCAGAAAUUGCCGUCGGCUACUCAAAAGCUGUGGGAAGAAAGUUUAGGUGAUAAAAAAGAACUACCAAAAUUCAAUGAAUUUACCUCAUUUUUGGAAAAACGUUUUCGAACUCUUGAGGUUUUCGAUCAAAAGGAUCAGAGUACUUCAAAUUACACCAAAUUUGAUCCAGCAGCUAAUGCGAAACUACGUUUUCCACUGAAGUCCAAGGUUUUACUUGCUAAGCAAAAAUUUAAGCCUGCUAAACCAACUGUGACUGAAAAUUUAAUAUGUAAAUUAUGUAAUAAAGAAAAGCAUUCCUUGAAAAGAUGUCAACAAUUUUUAAAUAUGGAUACCAUGGGUCGUACAGAUGUUGUUCGACGGUUGAAGGUAUGUGAAAAUUGCCUUUCUUACAGGCAUUUCUUAAAUGAAUGUCCAAGUCCACUAUGCUGCUUCUUUUGUCAGCAGAGACAUCAUUCUUUGUUGCACGUAAACCAACAAGUGCAGAAUAACAAUAUCCAAAGAAAUCCCGCACAAUCUUCUUCGAGAUUUCCAACACAGCCGAGAGCAACUACCUCAAAUGUAGUUCAAACAACAAUGAAUGCAAAUGCCUUUGAAUUCCAACCCAACAAUGAUGCUCAAAAUACCACCACCUUAAACUAUCACACUUCAUAUGGUGAUCGAGAUUUCUCUCACCAAGUGCUAUUAGCAACCGCUAUAGUUAAGGCCCGUUCUUCAGACGGCCGGUUACAUUUUUUAAGAGCCAUGAUUGAUACAGGUUCUGAAUCUUCAUUUAUUACUGAAGAAGCUGCUCAGUUGCUUAAGUUGAAAAAAUUGAAGACAUGUGUCGAGGUAUCAGGGCUGGGGUUGGUCAGUAGUGGCACAUCGCAGAACGCUGUACAGGUACAGAUAAUAUCUUGCCACUCACCGUUUCAAACUGCCUUACAGGCAUUCACAUUUAAGUCGCUCACUGGCCUUCUACCAACCCAAAGAAUGGUGCCUGAUACAUGGAAACACCUUAUUGGACUUCCGUUGGCAGAUCCACAUCUCCACGUACCAGCACCAAUCGAUUUACUUUUAGGCAGUGACGUUUGUGCCCAAAUAUUUCUACCGGAAAUUAAACGCCCGGAAGAUGGCACCGGACCGAUGGCACAAAAAACGGAAUUGGGCUGGAUUGUACUAGGAAGAGUUUCAACACAUCCUCGUCAACAAAUCCGCAGUUUCUUUCAAACAACUGAUUUGAACCUUCAACUACAGAAGUUUUGGGAAAUGGAAGAGUUACCGUUUCAAGUUCAUGAGACCGAAGAAAACGUAGCUUGCGAGGCACAUUUCGAAAAAUAUACUCGACGUUUAGCUAAUGGUCGAUAUCAAGUAAAAAUGCCAUUCAAAGAUGACACGUUGCCAAAGAUGGGAUCCAGUCGACAGAUGGCUUAUCAACGUUUUCUUCAUCUUGAAAAGAAGCUUGAAGCUAACCCAACUCUUCGAGCUGACUACAUAAAAUGUAUAAAAGAAUAUGAGACGCUCCAUCACAUGGAGCAGAUCAGUAACGAUGAUGAGGUACUCAACACACCAAACCACUUUAUCCUACCACAUCAUGCUGUGAUUAAGGAAUCAAGCACAACUACGAAGACUCGAGUUGUUUUUGAUGCUGCUUCGAAAGAUUCGAAUGGAAAAUCUCUUAAUGAUUAUCUUCUGGUCGGUCCAAAGCUACAAACAUCUAUUAUAGAUCUCGUCAUACGAUGGCGAACACACCGAUAUACUUUUACUGCCGACAUAGAAAAGAUGUACCGACAAAUUUUGGUGAGUCAUCCAGAUUGCUUUUAUCAAAUCAUCAUGUGGAGAGAAAACCGAACAGAACCUUUGAAGCUUUACAAGCUCAAGACUGUAACGUUUGGUACAGCAAGUGCUCCUUAUUUAGCCAUAAAAACCCUACAACGUUUAGCCCAAGAUGAACAGGAUAAAUAUCCUGUGGGGGCGAAGGUCGUACGAGAAGAUAUGUAUGUUGAUGAUUUGAUUAGCGGUGCAGAUUCUAUGGAAGAAGCAAGAAGAAAACGAGAUGAAGCAAAAGAACUUUUAUCGUCAGCCGGUUUUAAUCUACGCAAGUGGACAGCCAAUCAUAGAGACUUGAUUGAAGAUACAUUAAUUCAAGAUCGCGAAUACGAUUUCGAGCUUCCUUUUGAUCUGUCCAAUCACGUGAAAACUCUUGGCAUAAAAUGGUUUCCUAGCUGCGAUUUCUUUUCAUAUAAAAAUGCACAGGAACCAAAUGAAACGACAACGAAAAGAACAAUUUUAUCGACCGUCGCCAAGCUUUUCGAUCCGCUUGGAUGGAUUUCACCAUGCAUAAUCACUGCAAAGAUUAUUAUGCAGAAGCUCUGGGAUCACGGAUGUGAUUGGGACGAGGAAGUUCCAGCCCACAUCAAGAAAAGUUGGGAAGCCUUUCAGCUAGAACUCCCGAUUAUAGAAAAUGUGAGAAUUCCGCGAUGGAAUCGAAUGAGCCCAUCAAAUAAAGCAAUCGAGUUGCAUGGCUUCUGCGAUGCUUCAACCAAAGCAUAUGGAGCAGUGGUUUAUGUUCGAGUAUUAGAUAACAAAGGAGCUAUCCACAAUAACAUACUUCUAGCAAAGACGAAGAUUGCUCCGAGCAAGCGGACGAUCACGUUACCUCGCCUUGAACUUUGCGGUGCAGUCAUUUUGGCACAACUUUUGCAAUAUACUAGAGAUGUCUUAGCCAUUCCUAAUGUUCGCAUCUUUGCCUGGACUGAUUCUACAAUUGCUCUUGCUUGGAUUCGAACAACUCCAUCAAAUUGGACAACAUUCGUUUCAAAUCGAGUAUCCGAAAUACAACGAUUAAUAGGCAGCGAUUGUUGGUCUCAUGUACCAACACAGCACAAUCCAGCUGAUCUGGCAUCCCGUGGCGUAUAUCCAUCAAUUAUGGAAUCCUUAGAUGUCUGGUGGAACGGUCCAAAAUUUUUAAGAUCGAUGUGGGAGUUUGAUGUACCCGGUCAAGUUGAAAGUGUUGAAACAGAAGAAGAACGUCGUCCAGUAAAGAUCCAUACCAUUCAAGUUGCUGAAGAACUCACCAGCGUAAUUAUUCACAGGAUCUCGAGCUUACACAAGGUAAUUCGAGUAAUAGCGUGGUGGCUUCGAUACAAAACCAAUCUCCGAGCCAUGAGUCUGGUCAAAAAAAAGUCAAACAUUAGCAAUGUGGUAGUGACUGCCUCGAAACUCACCGGACCAUUAAGGGUGUCGGAGUUGGAAGCAGCUCGAACUCUUGCUAUCAAAACAGCUCAGAGCGAGAUGUUCUCCAAAGAAUUGAAAGAUAUGCAAGAAAAUAAUAAAAUACCCAAACAAUUACAAUCACUAAAUGUAUUCAUUGAUACCAACGGAAUUAUGAGAGUCGGCGGUCGACUUCAAAACUCACUGCUACCUUAUGAGGCGCAGCAUCCAAUUUUGUUGAAUAAUAGUCACCAUUUCACAAGACUUGUGGCAAAAGACGCUCACAAAAAUACCUUGCAUGGUGGAAUCCAACAAAUGAUAGCGUACAUACGUCAACGAUUUUGGAUUGGCCAAAUUCGAAGAAGUGUGAAGUACCAACUACAUCAUUGCACGACUUGUUAUCGGCAAAAGGCUGCAGAGAUGCAGCAACUGAUGGGAAAUUUACCAGCUGCAAGAGUUCGUAUGGCCAGACCAUUUUGUCACACGGGCGUUGACUACGCAGGACCCAUCGAAAUCAAAGCCUGGAAGGCACGCGGCAGUAAAAUCCUGAAAGGAUAUUUCGCUGUCUUUAUAUGCCUGACAACAAAAGCUAUACAUUUAGAAGUCGUUUCAGACUUGACGACACAAGCAUUUUUGGCAGCAUUUAGAAGAUUUACUGCCAGACGGGGAAUUUGCAAACAAAUUUAUAGUGAUUGUGGUACGAACUUUGUUGGAGCAAAUACUGAACUAAACAAAAUGUUAAAAGAUGCACAACAUGAUUUUAAGGAAAUCGCGGAAAACCUUGCAAAUCAAGGUACGGAAUGGCAUUUUAUUCCUCCCGCUUCUCCUCACUUCGGUGGAUUGUGGGAAGCUGGUGUGAAGUCGGUCAAGUACCAUUUAAAACGGAUCGUUGGAACAGAGAGAUUAACUUUUGAAGAGCUCACAACACUUCUAACUCAAAUAGAAGCGUGCUUGAAUUCGAGACCUUUGUGUCCUCUUUCCGAUAGCAUUGAUGAUUUAGAUGUGUUAACCCCAGCACAUUUUUUAAUCGGCGAAUCCCUUCAUGCUGUGCCACAAGGUGAAAUUGACAUCAACAUCACGUAUAUGGAUAGAUGGAAGCGAAUCCAAGCGUUAAUGGAGACAUUUUGGAGUAAAUGGAGUUCCGAAUACCUAUCCCGGCUUCAACAGCGUCCGAAGUGGAUGAAAGUCCAAGAAAAUAUCAAAAUUGGAGAUAUCGUUUUGAUCAAAGAUGAAAGAUUUCCACCGACUCAUUGGAACCUAGCUCGCGUUCACGAAACUCAUCCGGGAUCCGAUGGAUUAAUUCGUGUUGUUACAGUAAAAACCAAAUCCGGAAUGAUAAAACGGCCCAUCGCAAAAGUUUGUCGUUUGCCAUCGAAUGAAACACUUGAACAACAAACAAUCGUUUAA